AUGGAGGAUCCGGAGGAGAAUCACCGCCGCCUUGCUGCCCUGUGUAAAAGUUUAGGCCAUUUAUGGUCAGAAAGUGAUGUGGUGGAAGUGCAACAGGAAAUUCCUCUAAACAAACGAAUAGAAUGCAGUCAUACGCUGUUCGGUAAGUUAUAUUCGAAACCCAAUGUUAAUUUUCUAGCAUUCAGCACUACUAUGAAGAAGGCGUGGAAAACUGAGGCAGUUGUGUGCUCCCAGAAAGAACCAGGACUCUUUUCUUUUGUCUUUGACUCAGAGGAUGAUAAAGAAAGAGUUCUGAAAUCAGGACCGUGGUCCUUUGCUAGCAACCUCUUAGUACUAAGGCAAUGUGAGCCAGAAAUCCCUGAUCACUGCUAUGAUUACUCUAGAUACGAAUUCUGGGUUCAUAUUGUCGGUCUACCCCCGGGGUGGAUUAUAGAAGAAGUAUUUGCUGAUGUUGCUGGUAAAGUGGGCGCAAUUAAAGAAAUUCAACUAGAGGCAAGAGGAAAUAGUCCCUACAAAACCGGCAAAGUCAAAGUGGAGAUGGAGCUAUCAGCCCCUCUCAAAACAGGGGCAUUAGUUAAGAUAGGGAACAAAAAUCUAUGGGUGGAGUUCAAAUACGAACGGCUUCCUCACUUUUGCUACUCGUGUGGUCGAAUCGGUCACUACGCCUCAAAUUGCGAAGAGAUACCAUAUGAAACAACUAACUGGGCAGCUAACAAGGCUGGAAAGUAUGGUCCUUGGCUUAAAGCAGAAGUUCGAGAUCAUAGUCCACAUUGGGAAGCAUUUUAUGGCAAAACAGAACCAAAUCAGGAAGAAGAAGAGUCAGUCCCUGAGACCCCCUUAAUGACAGUUAAUAUGGAAGUUGUUGCCACUACAGAAGUUGAGACAACCAUCAACCCUCGGAACAAAAAAAGAGUAGAUAGUCCUUCUUCAAAGGAGGGAAGAGAGGGAGGAGAGACACCUGCAGCAGCUAAAGAGGGGAGCGCAACACAAAAAUUGUAUCUGGAAAGCCCUAAAGAAGCAGGAUCAAAGAUUAUAGGCGGUGACGGAAAGAAAAUGCAGAAGUAUCAACAAGUUAAAAAACAAAAAAGAGCAGAGUCUACUAGCUCUUAUCUCCUUGAUGACCUAGAACUGCUAGAUACCCCUGUUCAGCUGGAACUUAGAGCUUUAAAGGCUCAAGAAAGGCCCAACAUGGUCUUUUUGAUGGAGACCAAAAACAAAGAGAUGAUGGUGGAUAAAAUCAGAAGAAAACUAAAAUUUCAGCACAUGUUUAUCGAGUCACCAAUUGGUAUUGCUGGUGGAUUGGUGCUUAUGUGGAACGAGGAGGCGGAUGUUAAAAUAAACUCGAGCUCCAAAGAAUAUAUGGAUGUAGAAUGCCAGGAUCCUUCCAGUGGCCAUAUGAUGAGAGUCACUUUUGUACAUGCCUCUACCAAUUUUACAGAGCGGCUUCAGUUAUGGCAAAAGAUUCGGAAUAUGCACCCCAACAAUCAACUCCCGUGGCUAUGUAUGGGGGACUUUAAUGAAAUCCUAUAUACUUGGGAGAAGAUGGGGAAGAGGGAAGCUGAUCAACACCGGAUAGCCGCCUUCCGGGAAAUGCUAAAUGAAUGUUGCUUAAUGGAUAUUGAUACAAAAGGCUGUGCAUUUACUUGGGCCAACAAUAGAAUCGGUGAAAAUUUAGUGAAGAAGAGGCUGGAUCGAGCUGUAUGCACAAUGGAGUGGACAAUUUCUUUCCCUAAUGCUGAAGUGGUGGCCCUUCCAGCAGUUGGUUCAGACCACAGCCCACUAGUGUUGUCACUACAUCCUGUUAGAGAGAGCCGAAGAAAGGAAUUCAAGUUUGAAGCCUACUGGAUGGACGAGAAAGAGUGCGGGGAGACAAUCAAGCGUUGUUGGGGAGAUGAUCAGCACCAGCAUACAACUUUGGUUCAGAAAAUACAGAAGGUGACAAAGGAAUUGACAAAAUGGAGCAAAACUAAGUUCUCUAAUGCAGCUGUCCAAAUAAGGAGUCUCAAAAAGCAACUUACUGAUAUUACAAAUGGAGAUCCUGAAUUUUCCAGCAAAAUGGAAAGCCAAGAGAUAAAAGAAAAAAUCGAGAGGCUUUGGCGCCGGGAGGAAAUGUAUUGGGGUAUGAGAUCACGUAUAAACUGGAUGCAGUGGGGAGACAGGAACUCAAAAUACUUCCACGCCACUACGGUUCAAAGAAGACAAAGAAACAGAAUUUCUAUGCUGCGCAUCAAUGAUGACACAUGGUGUAGGGAUAAAAAAAUGCUAAAACACCACAUAAAAGAUUUCUAUUGCUCGUUAUACUCAACAGAGGGUCCAAGAGACUUUCAACCUAUUCUGGAUAUGUGCCCAGUGGUUAUAAACAUGCAAAUGAACGAGAAUCUCAUGGCCCCUAUAUCUAUGGAAGAGGUAAAAGAGGCGGUUUUUCAACUAGGCCCACAGAAAGCUCCUGGCCCAGAUGGGCUGAAUGGCCAAUUUUAUCAACACUACUGGGAGGAUAUCAAGCUGGAUGUGCUGCACAUGGUCAGAAACUUUGUCGAAUCUGGUGAGUUUGACCCCCUACUCAACAAGACCCACAUAACCCUCAUCCCCAAAGUUAAAACCCCAGAAAGUAUCUGUCAGUUCAGGCCAAUCAGUCUAUGUAAUUUCAGCUACAAAAUAAUAUCCAAAGUGCUAGCUAAUAGAUUGAAACCAUGGCUUGAAGAGAUAAUAGCCCAUGAACAAAGCGCCUUUGUAAAGGGCCGACAAAUACAAGAUAACAUCUUUAUAGUUCAAGAGGUGUUGCACCAGCUGAGAAUCAAAGAAAGAAAACAGAAAUUUCAAGCAGUUCUUAAAUUGGAUAUGAAAAAGGCCUAUGAUCGGGUUGAGUGGGAUUUCUUAAAAAGGAGUAUGUUGAAGAUGGGAUUUAGUGCCAGUUGGGUUGAGCUGAUUAUGACAUGUGUUUCCACGGUGUCCUAUAGUGUAAAAGUUAAUGGCGAUCAAACAGGGUACUUUCAACCCACAAGGGGAUUACGACAAGGAGACCCAUUGUCGCCCUAUCUCUUCAUAUUGAUGGCUAACGUCUUCUCCUGGAUGAUGCACAAAGCAAUAGAUGAUGGCAGCCUUAAAGGAAUAAAACUCAACAGGUAUUGUCCCACACUGUCUCAUCUAUUAUUUGCUGAUGAUGCUAUUAUAUUUAUGGAUGGAACAAUUGGCGAAUGCCAAAAUCUGGCCAACAUCCUCAAUCAGUAUUGCUAUGCUACUGGUCAAGCAAUUAAUCUCAACAAGUCAGGAGUGUUUUUUAGCAAGGGCUGUCCAUUCACCUUAAAGAGAAAUAUGGCCUCUGAGUUACGAGUGCCAAUUAUGGACAAAACAGGGAAAUAUCUGGGGAUUCCAUCUGAUUGGGGACAGACAAGAAAGGAUAUGUUUUCAUGGAUCCUUGCUAAGGUGAACAUGAAGCUGGAAAGUUGGAAAGAAAAGCUACUAUCUAAAGCUGGUAAAGAAAUAUUGAUCAAAGCCGUCGUCCAAGCUCUUCCUCAGUAUGCUAUGUCCAUUUUCAAACUCCCAAUCUCAGUGUGCAAAGCCAUUGAACAACGGAUAGCAGCUUUCUGGUGGAAACAGAACGAUUCUAGGAGAGGGAUGCACUGGAAAAGAUGGGAAAUUUUGAAAUGCAGAAAAGAUGAAGGGGGUCUUGGUUUUAAAGACCUCAUCAAUUUUAACAAGGCGAUGUUAGCCAAACAAGCAUGGAGACUAGCACAGUCACCUUCAGCUCUAUGGAGCAACAUUCUGAAAGGAUUAUACUAUCCAAAUGGUGACUUUUGGAAGGCAAAACCAGGACAAAGACCAUCGUGGGGUUGGCGCAGCAUACUUAUAGGCCGUGAUACUCUAGAACCGGAGGUGAAGUGGAUAGUGGGAGAUGGGCAACGCAUAAACAUCUGGAGAGAUAGAUGGCUGCCAAGGGGAGUGAUCGGAGGCCCAGUGAAUAGAAACGAUCCGGAGAUAGUCGCUGAACUAAUCAACAGUGAAAGCAGGUUAUGGGAGGAACCUAAAGUUCAAGCGCUCUUUGAUGAACAAGUAGCCCAGCAAGUUCUAUCCACUCCAAUCAGCAUCCAAUCACAGCAAGACAGGCUAAUUUGGAUGGGAAACCAAUCAGGUACUUACUCAGUAAAAAGUGGCUAUAACAGGGUAUACUCAAAAACCAAUCACCAUGACCUAAACAGAGCCACUACCUCCUAUCAGCCGCCUAGAUCUUUAUGGAUUCGGUUAUGGGACACUCCAAUCCCCCCUAAAAUCAAAUUCUUCCUAUGGAGCAUAUGCCAAAAUGCACUCCCGACAAAAGAAAAUCUCUAUAAAAGGCAAAUAUUACCUGAUCCCCUGUGCCCGCUCUGCCUUCGGCAUCCAGAAACACAAGAACAUCUGUUUUUCCUAUGCAAAAAGACCCAACAAAUAUGGAGCGACCCACGCCUUAACCUGUACACCACCACGAGAUCAGUAACUCGUAUUGAUAAGUGGUUUGCUGAAUUUUUCGAAGCAAAAACAGAGAUACCUUCAGCAGCUAUGGUGGCCAACACGCUUUGGCUGAUGUGGAAGCUCCGCAACGACUACAUUUUCAGAUCUCGGCCCCCCAAAACCGAAUCACUAGUAGAUCUUGCCCAUAUCCAGGUUCGGGCUUUCUCCAGAUGGAUCCCGAGUAAACAAAAGCCGAAUACCAGCAGAUCUGACUCAUCCGAGAUCUGGACGGCACCGGACAGCAGCAACUUCAAGCUUAAUGUGGACUGCUCUUGGAAGAAGGAAGAUGAGAGAAGCUCCGUUGCAGGGCUCGUGCGUGACUCGAACGGCUUGCUGGUUGACGGUUUCGCAGCUGAAAUCCGAGCGGAAUCUCCUUUGCACGCCGAAGCCCUAGCGCUUCUUCACGGUGUUCGCUUUCUGCACCAACGAAUAGGGAGUAAAGUGGAAGCAGUUCAGUUCAAAGAUAGCAGAUGGGAAGUACAAUGUGACAACUUCGUACUGGUGGAAGCCCUCUUGGGCCGGACUGAUGACCCAUGGGCUGUAAGUGGUCUUCUUCCCGAAAUCAGAGCAAUGUUACGGAUGCUCCCUUCUACCGAACUCUCCUACUGUUCCAGAGAAGCUAAUGCUGCCGCUGAUUGGCUUGCCAAAAUGCACCGCAUCAAGUCCUUGGCAACCAACUGGGUAUAUGCGCCACCGUCAUCCCUUUUAAAUAUUUUAAGUUCUGAUGCUAAACUUCCAUCUACGUGUAACUCGUGCUUUUAA